CAACUUUUAAAACAGUAAUACAUACAUUUGAACCUGUAAAUUCUAAAAUACAAUGAGUUAAGUGGUAAAAACUUAAUAGCUGAACAAGUCAACACAAGUUUGCUUAAUUUACUUAUACACUUAAUUUACUUAUACAUAAUAAGCAAGAAGAAGAAGAAAAAGAAGACAGAGCGGAGUAGCAACUAGUGAACCGAUUCAUAUAAUCUUUCUAUUAGCUUUGUCUUUGUUCAGAAAGCAAUGAUGGAAGAACAUAGACAAUGUUUUGCUAUCUUUUUCUUUGUUUAUAUUCUCUUCUGUUCUUCACAAUUCGCGAUAUCUCAACGUUUAGUGAGUUUCAUUUCCGGUGUUCCCACUUUGUGGAUCAACAUGCCAUCCAUUGGGAGUAUUUACAGUAAAAACAUCCUUAAUUAUACACCUAUCCUUCUGGAAGGAAAUGCCAGUAUACAAUUCCUCUAUGGCUUCUCUUGCAGUUUCCAUCACACAGAAUGCUUUCUUGGUAUCUUGUUAGUAUCAUACAGCAGCACUGGUGAGACCAUUUAUAUAGAGGGGGGACAGUUAGUUUGCUCUGCUUUUUCCAAAAAGAGGUCGGAGAAACGCAAAGCUGGUGGUUUUCUGGAUCUAGAACCAAUAUUACCAGGAAUCCUAACUCGAUUCUCUUACAAUGGGCUGAAAAUAAUUACACAAGAUUUCAGCAGAAUGCUCGGGAAAGGAGGAUUUGGCUCUGUGUAUGAAGGAACACUGAGCAAUGGCACCAAAAUAGCUGUGAAACAUCUGGAUGGUGUAGGUCAAGUAAAGGAAUCGUUUUUAACAGAAGUAAAGACAGUCGGUGGCAUUCACCAUAUCAAUCUGGUAAAACUCAUUGGAUAUUGUGCCGAAAAAAGCAACAGGCUUCUAAUCUAUGAGUACAUGGUGAAUGGAUCGUUGGAUAGGUGGAUCACACAAGAAAACGGGCUUACAUGGAACACAAGGAAGAGGAUAAUAUCAGAUAUUGCGAAAGGAUUAGCUUAUCUACACGAGGAUUGCAGCCAUAAGAUAAUUCAUUUGGACAUCAAACCACAAAACAUCCUUUUAGAUCAAAAUUUCAAUGCUAAGAUAUCUGAUUUUGGUCUGUCGAAGCUAAUUGAGAAAGACAAAAGCAAAGUUGUGACUAGAAUGAGAGGAACGCCGGGGUAUAUAGCCCCUGAAUGGUUGAGCUCAAUAAUCACCGAAAAAGUUGAUGUAUAUGCUUUUGGAAUUGUGCUCUUGGAAAUUCUCUGUGGACGAAAGAAUUUGGACUGGUCCCAAACUGAUGAAGAAGAUGUCCAUUUGCUAACUGUUUUUACGAGGAAAGUAGAACAAGAGCAGCUCACAGAUAUGGUUGACAGAAACGAGGAUAUGCAGCUCCACAGAGAAGCAGUGACAGAAAUGAUGAGCCUUGCUGCGUGGUGUCUACAGGCCGAUUUCUCCAAGAGACCUUCCAUGUCAUUGGUGGUUAAAGCACUCGAAGGUUUGGUGACUGUUGAAACCAACUUAGAUUAUAAUUUCAGAAAUGUACCUAAGGUUGGGGCAGGCAACAAACCGAGGGAAGCCUCUAUCAGCUCAACAUUGCCAUCAGAUUUAUCGGGACCGUGGUAAACAAUAUCUAGCUCAAAUUCUUAUGGUAAAUUAGAUUACAAUUCAUGAAUGUAAUAUUCAGCAACUUUGCAUUAGAUUUUUUUUUGAGUUUCAUGUUAGUAUCAUGUAAAAGCUCCUUAAUUCAUACGCGACAGGCGAUAAUAAUAUUGCAUUAGCUUUUCCUCA